GGAAAAAGAAAAGAAGGGUAUUUCCGGUCACGUGACGGCUCCUCAGACCAGGAAGUGCAGUGUUUGAUGAAGACGUUUGAAAACAAGUGAAGAGGAACUGAACCAUCUUUUAGCUGCGAUCACCUGGAAGCGUCGCCGACAUGGAGGACACUCUGUUCCAGCUCAGAUUCACUUCAAAGCAGCUCGAGAGACUGGCCAAGAAGGCCGAGAAGGAUUCUGCGAAGGAGCAGGCCAAGGUCAAGAAGGCUUUGCAGCAGAAAAAUGUGGAAUGUGCCAGAGUUUACGCAGAGAACGCCAUCAGGAAAAAAAAUGAAGGUCUUAACUGGCUGCGCAUGGCGUCACGAGUGGACGCCGUGUCCUCUAAAGUCCAGACUGCUGUCACCAUGAAGGCUGUGACCAAAAGCAUGGGCCAGGUGACCAAGGCUCUGGACAAAGCUCUGAGCUCCAUGGACCUGCAGAAGGUCUCUGCCAUUAUGGAUAAGUUUGAAAGUCAAGUACAGAACCUCGACGUCCACACCUCGGUGAUGGAGGACUCCAUGAGCUCGGCAAUGACGCUGACCACUCCUCAGGAGCAGGUGGACGACCUGAUCCACCAGAUAGCAGAGGAGAGUGGCCUGGAAGUGAUGGACCAGCUCAACCAGUUGCCGGCAGGAGCCACCUCAGUGGGCGCGGUGAGCACACCAAGCCAAGAGAAGGAGGACCAGCUGUCUCGAAGACUCGCUGCUCUACGGAACUGAAGGCUGCUCUGGGAGAGAUGAUAGCGCUCAUGUCUGCGAGGAAGCAGAUGACAGGAAGUGUGCGUGCGUGUGUGUGCGUGUGUGUUUGCGUGAGUGUGUGUGCGCGUUUCAAUCGAACUGUUCCUAUCGGGAGGACUUAAUGAGGCUAUUGAUUCCCACUCUCCUGCUCUAUAAAUACACACACACCACCUGAGAGGCAUGAAUCUCUCUCUCUCUGGUUCACCUUCCCAUUUUCGAUCCGUUUCUCUUCCCCCCCCCACCGGCUGUGGCGACACCCUCCACCCUGGAUGUUUGCUUUGUACAAAAAGAAAAACACUUUGAGAACUGAACAAUGUAGAGCGUUUUAAUAAGCAGUUAUCAUUAUAACUUCCACGGCUGUCGAAGGCUACGUCCACAUUAAUACGUUUCAGUUUUAAAAAGCAUCUCUGUUGCUAUGGUUACGCCAGGCGUUCACACCACUCCGCUGAUUGUUCCUGUUCAAUGAAGGGUUUUGUAUUUUCUCAGCAAUCAAAUGCUGAGUAGACAAUCCGCUUCCUGUUUACACCACAUGACCAGUGUACGACCUUCCAAAGUAAAACUUGUGUGUGGACGGAGAUGGAUCUGUUUUAAAAACUUUUUUUUUAAAAGUUGAAAUGUGUUCGUGUGGACGGUGCAGGGUGAGCUCACUGUUUUAUUUAUUUUUUUACAUUCUUCGAUCCGUUUGUCAGAAAUGGUUUAA